UUGGACCAGCAUCGCCAUAGAUAAUUAUCGGGGUACCCCGUUGCAGUCUGAGGCAGCGUUCAUGUCGGGUGAUUAACGCACUGCCUGCCACCAUGGGACUGGAGUAUCUGGGCCUGGAUGCCGUGGGAUGGCAUCGCAUGGUCUCGACGUGGUGGGAUAAGGUGAUCGCAGCAUGUUUAUUAACGGCCAUUGUUCUCGGCGCGGUUUAUAUCUUGGCCGUUAUCGGCCGGAAGAUCUACAAGAUCUGGCAGGGACGCCAUCAACUUUCCGAAGUCCCAACGGCGAUUGCCCGUUAUUUUGAUCAACUCAAAACAAAGAAUGCGCCCCUUGCUUCGGAGAAAUCAGCCGCGAAGGAGCUUAAAUCAUUUGGGGUUUUUCUCGGCGGAUUUUCCAAUCCUCCGACGCCCGCCGAGGCCAGUCUCCUUGCGCAAUGGGAUAUUCUGGUCGUCGAUCCCCUGCAAUCCGGUGUGCGGGACGCGUUGACUGGCCACUGUACGUCAUCGCACAUCCUCGCCCGGCUCGAUGUCCAGAGUCUGGUGCGUUCCGAAGCCAGCCGCGACAACAAUGAAGUCCUUCAGUCGCUGGGCGUCGUCGUUGAGACGCUGGCUACUGCCCUCAGCCGCAGCCAGGGUGGUGCAUCGCCAUUUCAUGGUGUGCUCCUGGCCGACUGUCUCGCGCAUUUCCAGCCCGUGGUUCUGAAUGAGUUGGUCAAGUACAUGAACCAUCUCGGCCUGGCCGUGUGGCUGGAAUUGUCACCGCCGGACUUCCUCAGCGAGCAGCAAGGUCGGGCGAUUGAUAUGAAGCAGAUCCGCGGUGUGGUCUACCGCAAUGGCACCAUCCUGCCCGAUGGCGACAGGCGCAACUAUUUCCAGAUGGCUGAGAUGCGCACUGCCAUGCGAGUCGUGGCAUCACAAAAGGCUGUUGGUGACUCAGCCAUCGCCGUGUGGGAUACAAUCGACGAUGACGUCGAGCUCUCCCACCAUGUCCUUGGACGCAGUUUCAAGUGGUGCAAUUAUAACAGCGCCCUGUGCUGGAUCGCGCCUCAAGCGGCGCUGACGAACGCAGACAUUGCCGUUGCGAAGACGGUGACCCAGGAGCCCCUGGGAGCCAUGAUGUGGUUGAAGCGCGGCGAGGUUUUGGAAUCGCAUGAUGUUUGGAGGUUUAAUAACAAGAUCUCCCAGACACCGCGCGGAUAUGAGGAAAUAUAUGACUCCCUGGAGUCUUUCCUUCCAGGCGUGAAGGCAAAACUCUCCUUAUCUCCUCCAGUAAAAUAUCCAGGGCCUGAUAGUCCCGGCUCUGCAAUCCAUGACUUGGAAUGGUCCGGAAGGACCGAAAGCCCACAAACAGACAUCCUCUCGAUCUCCCCCGACGGAACCAGCUAUACAGGACUGGGAUGUUUCCAGAUCGGUCUCGACUGCACAUCAAAAGACGUUGCGGACCUUCUGGAGAGCCAGAGGCAGGUUAGAGACCUCGAUCUACUUCAACGCCUUCAGGCCGACGAGCUACGUCAGAUCACUGAGCCGUUGCGUGUCUUGCUAAAGGCCCAGAGCUCAUACCCAUACAUUUCCUUGGAGCUCCAGUCGAUCAGGGACCUAGUUGAUCUUCUCACUGUUUGCAGAGGCGACAAAAACGAUAGACUGCGAAUCUAUGUUGGUCUGCACUCGGGUUUCCGUACUCGCUUGGGAGGGCAAAUCUGGGGGUUGCACGAUCUUGAACCCGGCAUGGGCGUGUUGAAUAUCUACCUGUCCGGCAAGACGCAGGACCGCACCGGCACCAUUCUCCACACAUACCUGGCGAACAGAGGAUUCACUCGUUCUCAGUGCUUUCUGGCAGAGAUGGCCUUGGCCACAGAGAACCAAACGCUAUCGCAGACAUGGGACUUGCCUCAGCGUAUGGUCGACGAUGUCGAACAGCUCACCCCGGCAGAGACACUUGCAUGGCUCCGACGUCUGGCCUUGUCGAGCCGUGACGAUCCUUUGAAGAUGUCCGCGAAGCUACGCGCCUGCGGAGAGUACCAGGUCCUGGAGGCCCCGUCUCUAGCUCAACUCCGAGCCCUGAACUCCAGUACGUAUCUUGACGAGAAGGUCUCACCUGAGGAGUUAAUCGCCUCACGCCUAGCCUGGUUCAAGGACCAGGGAUGCUGGUGUCCGGACCCAGCGGCUGCCGAGGCUCUAUUCCGAGAGGUUGAUGCUCGGCUACCAGGGCUUCUCAUGGACGGACAAGCAGACUUUCUGGAUCAGCUUACCACGGUCUUCCAGACCAUCCUCCAGAAAGGCGAAAUCGAUGCCGCGGCUGAUAUUAUUGCUCUGAGUGUGUUCUGCGCUUUCCGUCGGCUUGCCUUGAAUGAGAUUUACCUGGAAGUCCUUGACCGUAACCCUUUGCCGAACCUUGAACCAGUCCAAGCGGCCUGCUUUGCGGAAAUGUAUGCCUGUGGUGCACGCACAGACAUGUACUUUGACACGACACCAAAGCGCCUAGGGCAGAUCAUCUGGCGCUGGUACCGUGCCUACUAUCACGAAUACCAGCCACCUCAGCGAGAAGAGGCCUUCACAGAGCUCCCGACCGCGUACGCCUCCAUGAAUGUGGAUCUGGAUCCAGACGCAAAGGAUACAGUUCCUUGGCACUAUCGCCUGACGUUCCUCGGGAUCUUCGCUGUUCCGGCCUUGAUCGAUGUCACCAUGCUGACGACGGUCGGACGAGGCCUCUACCUGACCACAUACAUGAGUGAUCUGGAUAAGACACUAGCCACUACUGCGUUGAUGAUAGCCCUGCUUGUUUGUGGUGGGUUUGGGAGCUGGAUCAGCUCCGGCGGCAGCUACUACUUGUAUGCCAUGGCGUUUCCUGCAAUGAGCAUGUUCGUCCUGACCCGCUUCAUCGCUGGCCUAGCGGUGGCCCUCGUCGGAGGCAUCAUCGCACUAAUCGUGGUCGGUGUGCUGAAGGGCUUCGCGGCAGGCAUCUUGUUUUUCCUUUACUUUGUGAUGCUUUCAACUUAUCUCAUGACCCUUUCGGCUCUUUCGGUCUAUCAGCUUCCAGGAUACCAGUUCCAAUCGGGACGAUCGACCAUCAUGGCAUGCAUCCCAAUUCUCUUCAUCUCGCCAAUUGUUACCUUGUGGGUGCAUCGUGACUCGGUAAUCUACCUAUGCAUCCUCGGACUGUUCCUUGCGAACCUGCUCCUGGGUGCACGGCGUGUCAUCUCCCGGUGGAACCGGUGGUAUCUAAAUAUCCCUUGUGUCACAGACACGGAAGUCGUCAACUGGUACAUGCAAGCUCAAGGAUCGAACUAUAUCGGGUCAGCAACCGAGAAGGUGAAGGAUGUCGGAGCAGAUGCCCGACAAGCCCUCCUGGCCAGCGUCCACAAGGAGAACAAGAAGUGGGUCUGGAGCAAGAAGACGACCGACCCCUUCGUCGCCAAGAUGGCCGAUGGAUACUCAGCCACCACGUUUCUUCUAGGAUGGUACUGCCGUUACUCUAGAACUAAGAUGCCUCUGGCAUACAGCCCGACAUGGAACCUGCAGCUCAAAGCGGCGGUCGAUACUAUGGCCGAGAUGCAAAAGGGGCUGAAGAUGCACAAUGCCUUUCUGCACUGGCGCCAUACCGGUUCCGACGUCUGGUGUGGUAUCCUGUACUUCGUGGUCGCCCUGUCUGACAAAUGGUCGGCACUGAUCACAGGCGAGUCUAUCGUCGGUCUGUCGGCGGCGAACAGCGCAAAGUAUCGCCUCACUGUGGGCUUCGCGCUAGGGUACUAUCUAUUGGGAGCAGUGAUCCUUGACGCCGUCUCGCAACCACUAUGGACACUGGUCCAUAAAGCCACUCCGCAGCCCGUGUCUUCGCUGGCUAGUCUUCGUGAGGUAACCCUCAACGACGCCAAGGACCGUCGGAGGCUGUACUGGAGAUCUCUCAUGAAAUUCUUCUUCCUGCACAUCUGGGGUGCGGCCGUCACCAUGGCUAUAAUGUGGACCUUCGAGGGGUCCAUGACCUCCACAAUCAUGUACUUGUGCUACGUUGGUUGCUAUAGCGGUCUGCUAUGGUAUCAGUACAACCGAAUCUUCACUGGUCCUCAUGUGGCCGGUGGUCUCGCUCUCUCAGCCAUUGCGGGAUUGGUUGUCGGCAUCAUUCUUCAUGAGGUGCUUCCCGCUUUUGAAUAUAGCAGCGUCAUCGGCCUGGCUACGGGCACUUGGGGAGCUGCAUUCUAUUCCCUCUUUAGGUCUGACAUUGGAUUGCCAAGCUCCAAGGGCUCAACAGAGGAAUCCAGUCGACUUGAUGUCCAAGGGAAGUCGUUGUUCCAUAGCGUCAGCACGAUCGAGCCAUACCCGCAGCUCUCACAGACCACAAUGUAUCAGAUGUUUGAUAACAUUCUCAUGCUAUCAGAUGAGUUCCGAUACAAACUUGAUCCCGCCCAGCAUCCGGGAGUUGAAGUCAUGCAGAUUCUGCGAUCCGACCGCCAGCUCCGGAAGUCGCAGCUGGUACAGGCCGCAUUCCCGGGCGCCGCCGACGUGCUUCGGCGCAUUGCAGAGAUUUGGCAAGCGGGACAAGUUACCGUAGAGCUAGUUUCAGCAGCACACCUUAUCCAACCAGAACAGAAGAUUCGCGCCAUCAGUCGGCGCACAGGGGAUCGGGUUCACGUUUUCAUUGUCAUUGGUCCUGAUCUUGUUGGCUAUGACUGGGUAUCCGACAUCCGCCGAAACUGCCAGACCAUUGCUGAAGCAGUGGUCCAAGCUACUGCCGAGUUCAAACUGGGUCUUUCCCAUGAUCACUCCAUGAUGGCAGAGCUUCUGGUCGUGAACGAUCGACAGGGCGAGGAUAUCUCCUUACCGGAGGGCAUGAAGCGCCAGUUAGAAAGCAGCUCGACGGAACGGGCCAGAGUCAUGAACUACGGGCAGCAGAUUGUCCUGCGCCACCUUCUGCUCGGUAUGGACUGCGACCAGGAAUGGGACAGUCUUCCCCAAGCCGCGAGAUCCUUGCUCCUGCGCCGGGUUUGCGGUCAACCAUGCCGCGUGUCAUCCGAACAAUUCGCUUGGCUCCGCUCCAGAGCAUGCGCCGGCGAAGAUCUUUCUAUUGAAGAGUUCGUUGCCCGCUGGAACCUGGGAGUCAAGUUGACAGUCAGCGUGACGUCUUUCGCCACAACAUUGGAAACACAUCACCAAAACCAAGGUGAACCUGAGUUCAUGAACUCCAAGUACGAUAAGCCAAUUCGGAAUCUACUAGCCCUCACCGAGCACACCCCAACAAUUGGAUUUACUGAGGCGCUUCGACUGUCACUUGCUCGCAUUGUGCAGAUCUGGCACGCGUGUAUCAAGUUCACUGUUAUCUCCUUGGUGGCAGACCCGGAAUACCAACGCGAGUUGGACUCCAUGCUUCGAGGACAGCCCUUGAUCUUCGCCUGGCCCGUGAACUUCGUGUUGAACGGAGUUUGGAUCUGCUGUAAAUGGCUGCAACGUCUCAUCAUCCCCUUGGUAUUGUUACAUGGCCGGGAGAAGGUUUCCACUCUUUACCGAAACAUGAAGGACUGGAAGACUGUCGUUCACCAGGACCGUGUCGUUGUUGAAAGCCUGAGCGGCAUCUCGACCGGGUUUUUCCGAACGGAGUCAGACGGGAUUGUCCAGCUUUACCAGUACUCGGGACGCCAUGACCAUGAACCCAGCGAUUACAAGCAACUCAUAGCUAUCAACACGUACACCAACAAAUUGGUCCUUUCGCGGCGCCAAGAGUAUCGUGGGGAGACCCUGCUCAACGAGUUCACGUAUGAGUACCCCCAGGACAGCCGGAGGGGGCGAUCAAAGCUGCCCACCCAGCGGGAGUGCACCCAGGGCGAGCUGAGCGGACAGAUAGUCCAAUAUGACAAGCGUGGUUACAUGACUUCGGGGUCUGCCAUGCGAGGUGUGAAUCCGGUGGAAUUCAAGUUUUGGUACCGGAAGGGUGCCAAGUUCGAAGAUGAGCUCCUGCGCGCCGACUAUGUCUUGCCGCAUAUCAAGAUCCAUGUGGCCUGGUGCAUGCCUCCACCUAAUCGACCAGAGCGACAAGACAAAUGGAUUCCUUAUCCCCGGGUUACCGAUGCAACAUUCAUUCAGGGGGAUGAUACCCAUAAGGCCAAAUGGACCUAUGACCAUAAGUUCCACCCGGUCAUUGCAACAACAUUGAAUGGUGAAUCUGUGACCACCCCGGCGAUGAUCGACGAAGAUUGGUUCAAGGUGCUGCAGAAGCCUAGUAAAUGCAGCUUCUUGGAUGAUAACCCGCUUUUCUCCUUCUCGUCCAUCAAGGCGAACUUCGUAUCGCGGCUUCUGGGCUUGAAUGUCAAACGGUACCCGAUCCCCACCUCCCGUUCCCGCGCCCAUCUCUGGAAGUCCUGGAAAGGAAGCAAGGAAUUUGACGCAAUCACGGCCCGAUGGCUCGAUGAGAUUAUGUUGCGGUCCGACCGUGUGCUCAGACCAUACUGGAUAAAGCGGGAUAUGGGUCGGCUUGAGGCAGCCGCGGAUUAUCUUGAUGCCCAGGCGGAUACAGUUCUUGCCCGAGUGGACAUUGACCCUGAAGUCAGCUCCUGGACGCCCUUAGCCUUCAAAAUCAGUGACCUCUCUAGUUUCGGACAAGGAGGAGAUUCGCGCAUUAAUACCCGAACACUUUCCACCCAGCUACAGGACAACGACACCGAGCUACACGUCCUUGCCAUGGACACCGGCACUUGGCCCAACGAACCCGGUGGUGUAUCUGCCUGCCGACGAGACAUGGUUAAUGACCUCAAAGCGAUCCGUUGGCACAUCCUGGCUGAAGCAGCAAAUGACUUUGGAGUGCCUCGGUUCCAGAUCGAACGAAACGUUCAAUCCCUGACUGUCCUACCCCAAUGGGGUCUGGAUUUUAUGAAUCCUACCCACGGCAUGUUUCAGAACACACUUGACUCUGAAGUGGUGCAAAAAUCUCACGACACAAGGGUGGCGGAUAUCGAGCGUAACUUCAUCCCCAUCCUCACCAGUAUCGUUCGGUGUGCGCGGACCAUGCAUAAGACUCGGGCGCAUAUCGAGGAAGCCACCAAGGCAUUGUGUGACUUGAACACCUACUUCGAAUCGACCCGCAACUGGAACGAUGUCUGGAUGAGUGACACCGUGAAAAGGGCAUGGAGAGAGCUUUGGCUUACGGAGGACAUGGAAGACACAAUUCCUGUUUCGGAAUGGUGGAACUGCGAGCAUCCUACAUUGCAGCAACUGGAUACAGCGCUGGACAUGUGGCAUCGCUAUCUCUUCAUCUUCUCCAUCCCCGUCCCUGAACGAAUUCCUGAUGUCUUCCAAGUGUCACAUCAUUUCACCGGCGCCACUUACGGUGUGAUGUGCAAGGUCAAGCGCAAAUGUGCCCUGCAUGUUUGGGAUCACUGUGUCAGUUUCCGUGAGAUGACGACCUUCUUGUCUGCCGCUGUGUCAUUCGACUCGACGUUUGUAAACUCGACCCUGAUCUCUCUGGGGCAUCUUUCCUGUAUCCUCAUUGAGCACCAUGCGGAUGUCGUCUUGCCCUGCGCCGAGUACUUCAACCCGGGCUGGGAGAUUGAACUGGGCACCUGCGAAGGUGUACUGGAACAUCGCCGGGCCUUCCAUCGCAAAAUCGACCCCGUGGUGAACGGCAUCACAAACAUGGAGAAGUACAAGCCUAUUGAGAAGAUCAAGACGGAAACACCCACCGUUGUCAUGCUGUCACAUAUCCGAUACGUGAAAGACAUCAAGACGGCCAUCAUGGCCACCGAUCUCAUCGUGAACCAAUGGGGAUUCAAGGACUACCGCCUUCAUAUCUACGGCGAUAUGGAAAGAGCCCCUGGAUACGCAUCGGAAUGUCAGGAGAUUAUUGCUUCCAAGUCUCUUCGGGAUCAUGUUGUCCUCAAAGGAUUGGGUAACCCAUCGGUCGUUCUUCAGGACGGGUGGCUUUUCAUGAACUCGUCCACAUCCGAAGGACUACCCUUAGCAAUGGGAGAGGCCGCGCUAACAGGUGUUCCGGUGGUGUGUACCGACGUCGGUGCCUCCUUCUGCGUUGUCAUGAACCGCGACACCGGCAAGAAGUUCAGUGAGGUCGUCCCACCUAACGAUGCCUUUUCGCUGGCUUCAGCACAAAUCCGGGUCAUGGCACUUCUUGGAGAAUGGAGCAAGUUUGCCGGUGAUGAGGAGGGCUACGUGCCCCCAUCCCUGGGGUUGCGACCCUCGCCAGAGGAGGUCAAGCAGAUCUCCCAGCGUAUGUACGAGAAGGUUGAACAACGUCGUCAAUUCGGUAUGCAGGGUCGAGACAAUGUGCUCAAGAGCUUUUCUAGUCACCGUUAUCUCCGGGAGCACGAGCAGAUGCUCUGGCUAGGCAAGUACCAGAGCCAGAGCUACGUUGCCCGUGGAUCCUUGGCCUCCGCUGGCUCCAGCGGAUUUUUCAAGGAGCGGGUGACGAUCGAACAGAUUCAGGAUCCUUUGUUGCCUCCAACGCCGCGGUGGCCAGGAGCUAGACGGGAGAGCCGUCGUGGGUAUUUUGGAUAUAGCUCGUCGAGUACGCAAUCUCUUUGUUGAGGGGGUUGUGUUCCGAUGACCACGCAGUAGAAGGCUGCGGGGGAGAAGGAGAGGAAGAAGGAGGAGGGGCUGUAUAUAGAUGAUUGGAAGCCUUAGUACCUAGUCUUAAUCAGGAUAAUCUUAAUCGACCUCUUGGUAC